UAUUACUCCAGUAGCUCUCAUGGAUUCUGUUUCUUGGAAAUGGCUUUUACUUUCAAUGCUUUUCAUUUCUUGGGCACGCUCCGCUUUGUGCGUCGUGGAUGGAAUUAAGGGUGGGAAAGUAAGAGGUGUGAACUUGGGUAAUUGGUUGGUUGUUGAUGGAUGGAUGAGUAAACCUUCACUCUUUGAGGGCAUUGCCAAUCGAGAUAUGCUUGACGGAGCAGAGUUCCGGUUGAAAUCUGUGAGCUUAAAUAAGUAUGUAAGUGCAAAGGAGGGAGGAGGUGCAGGCGUCUUUGUCGACCAAGACAAAGGCGAUUCUUGGGAAACUUUCAAAUUAUGGAGGGUAUCUCCAUCGGAAUAUCAGUUUCGUGCUCUAAAAGGACAGUUUCUAUCCUGUACUGGAAAAGGGGCCUCUGUCACCGCAACAUCAAAAUCACCGUCUUUGAAUGAAACAUUUACUAUCGAAAGAUCUAGCUAUGGUCGAGUUAUUAUUAAACAUUCUAGCGGUGUAUAUCUGCAGGCAUCUUCUAAAAAUGAGCUCAAAGCAGACUAUGUUGGGAAGCCAGGAUUUACUGAUGGUAACGCAGCUAUAUUUAAUAUGACUUUUGUUGGUAACUAUUUGCAAGGAGAGUACCAGCUCUCCAAUGGGCAUGGACCAAAAAAUGCAACAAAAGUGCUUACGGAACAUAGGAACAGCUAUGUUACUCGAGACGACUUUCAGUUUCUUAGAGAACAUGGUAUAAACACUGUGAGGAUUCCUGUUGGGUGGUGGAUUACCAAAGAUCCCAAUCCACCAGCCCCUUAUGUUGGGGGAAGUUUGGCAGCUCUAGAUAAUGCAUUCAAAUGGGCACAGGAGUUUGGCUUAAAAUGCAUAAUCGUUCUUUACGCAGCUCCUGGUUCCCAAAAUGGAAAGCAACACACUUCUAGUCGUGAUGGUUCUAUUGACUGGCCGAUAUCCGAUAAUAUUCAGCAAAGCCUUGAUGCUAUAGAAUUCCUAGCUUCCAAGUACGGGAACAAUUCAGCUCUAUUGGGGAUAUCCCUUUUGAAUGAACCACAUUCUCCUGAUGUACCUUUCAAUACCUUACAAAAGUACUACAACGACGGAUAUGACAUUGUAAGGAAACAUUCAACCACAGCUUACGUAAUAAUGUGUCAGUUGAGAGGAGAUGAUGGUGCAGACCCAGACCCAGCAGUGCUUUAUAACGCUAACACUGGUAAUGGCAAGUCAAACGUUGUGGUGGACUUGCUCUACUAUAAUCUAUAUCCUUCAUUAGCUAAUAUGAGCCUACAGGAGAAUAUCAAUUACUUAUAUGGUACUAGGAAAACUCAAAUGAAUUCCCUAAACGCCGCUGAGGGACCAUUGGUGUUUAUUGGGGAAUGGGUGAACGAAUUUGGCAGAGGCAAGUGGUCUCAGAAGGAAUAUCAAAAGUAUGGUAGUGCACAGUUAGAUGUGUAUGGUUCAGCUUCUUUUGGAUGGGCAUAUUGGACACUCAAGAAUGAUGUUGUGGAGACAUGGUCUUUCAUGUGGAUCAUCAACAACAAUUACUUCCAGUUAACUGCAGGCGGAAUGGCGAUAGUUUGGAAGAUCAUCGUACCUGUUUUCAUUUCGGUGGCAACUAUUAUGUGCGUCUUAGGCUACAUUUACCGGGUCAAGAGAAAUAGGACUCGUAAAAGAGGAGCAUUGAAAGGACUCCAGGGGGUGAUAACAGAUUUGCUGAAAUCCAAGGCUACCUACAAUGAUAGGCCAGAUAACUCGUUUGAUGAUGGUAAAACAGAAGGAGAAACACAGGAAUUGCAAAUAUUUAACUAUGCUUGUUUAUCCAAUGCUACAAACAAUUUCUGCUUGAAAAAUAAAUUGGGUGAAGGAGGUUUUGGGCCAGUUUAUAAGGGUAAGUUGCAGAACCAGAAGGAAAUAGCAGUGAAACGACUGUCUAAACACUCUGGACAGGGUAUUGAAGAGUUCAAGAACGAGGUUGUAUUGAUCUCCAAACUUCAACACCGUAACCUUGUGAGACUUUUGGGUUGCUGCAUUAGAGGAGCACAGUACAUGUUAAUUUAUGAAUACAUGCCCAAGGGUAGCCUGGAUACGUUUCUAUUUGAUCCAAGUAAGAAAGCACAACUAGAUUGGGCUAAGCGCUUCAAUAUUAUUGGAGGAAUUGCUCGGGGCCUGCUUUACCUUCACCGUGAUUCUCGUUUAAGAGUUAUUCAUAGAGAUCUCAAAGUCAGUAAUAUUUUAUUGGAUGAAAAUAUGACCCCGAAAAUUUCAGACUUUGGAAUGGCACGCAUAUUUGGUGGCGAUCAAAUUAUUGCAGAAACUAACCGGGUUGUUGGUACAUUUGGUUAUAUGUCUCCAGAGUAUGUAAUGGGCGGCACAUUUUCGGAAAAGUCAGAUGUGUUCAGUUUCGGAGUGUUGAUACUAGAAAUUGUGAGCAGUAAGAGAAAUAACAGCUUUUACAAACCUGAACAACCUUCAAACCUCCUACUUCAUACUUGGGAACUUUGGAAUGAAGGGAAGUGGCCAGAGGUUGUGGACGAGGCUUUGGGUGAUUUGUAUUCUUCAUCAGAAGUGAUAAAAUGUAUACAUAUUGGUUUAUUAUGUGUUCAAAAUAGAGCAAUAGACAGGCCAACCAUGGCUGAAGUAGAUAUCAUGCUUACCAGUGAGACUAAUCGUCCAUCUCCGAAAGAACCUCCGUAUACUUUCCCGGCAUCAUCAGAUAAGCCAGAUUCGGGGCUAACUAGCUGCUCAAGUAAUGAUGUCACUGUCACCGCAGUUGAAGGUCGAUAGGAUGCUAUGCCAAAUAUAUAUAUACAAGGUCCUUUAUGCCCGUGCGAAUGAACGGGUUAGGUUCUGAAAAACUCUUUUUAAUUUUUUGCUGGGAAUUUUCUUCUAGAUAAGUAAUUACUUGCAAAUUCUCCCCAAAGAUUCCAAUAUUGUCCAGAAUCUUUUGGAAAAUAUCUUAUUUUUUUUUAAUUUUCUCGUUUCAUCCAAAUCUCAAUAUGGUGAUAUACGGAAUAAGCUGAAUUUCAUCCAUAUGUAUCAAAAAGCCGAAAAAUAAUUUAUGCUUGCUUGAAAAUC